AGCAUCUUGGCGUGUUUGGGUUAUUCAGCGGCCUGUAGGAGAGAAAUCCCUGAACUGUGUUCAGAGUUGACAUUUCUUUUCCUUCGUUGAGUCUCGGAUGUUUGUAAAAUGUCGGGCUUUCGGGAUCCCCCAGAUGUCCAGCAGCUGACAGAGAUAAAAGAAGAGGUUCUCCCUGAGCAGCAGGAGAGGAGCGCCAGUCUGAGCCAGGAGGAGUCACCCCAACCAGCACACAUCAAAGAGGAACAGGAGGAAAUGGGGUACAGUCAGGAGAGGGAGCAGCUUCAUAAACCAGAGGGGGCUGGUAUGAGCAUAUUCACGUUCAGUUCUUUCUCUGUGAAAAGUGAAGAGGAUGGAGAGAAACCACAGUCUUUAAAGCUUGAUGAAGACCAAAGUGUAGAGAACAGAGACACGAAGCAUUUGAAAAUGGAAUCUGAUGGAGAGGACUGUGGAGGAUCUGGAGCAGACAGAGACUUUCAUCCAGGCAAUCAUUCACAACCAUUUAAUCCUGACGAGACUUCAGGACUUUCUGGAUCCGAGACUGAUGACAGUGGUGAUUGGGAGGAGAGUGGUGAUGAACCCCAAGAAGGUUUAGAGCAUCUGCAAAACAAAGACACAGAUGUUAAAGAUAUAAGAUGUAACACUGGUGACACAUCAGAUAGCUCCUCUGAAUGUGCUUCAAGCUCUGGACUGAAGAAAGAAGUCAAGAAACACAAGGGAACUCAUACAGGAGAGAAACCAUUUAGUUGUUCAGUGUGUCAGAAAAGUUUUUCAUUUAGACAAGUAUUGGCAACUCACAUGAAAGUCCACACAGGGGAGAAACCAUUUAGUUGUUCAGUUUGUCAUAAAACAUUUUCUCUAAAUGGAAAUCUGAAGAAACACCUGCAAGUUCACACGGGGGAGAAACCAUUUAGUUGUUCUGUUUGCCAUAAAAGAUUUUCUCGACAAGGAAAUAUGAAUAGACAUUUAACUGUUCACACAGGGGAUAAACCAUUUAGUUGUUCAGUUUGUUGUAAAAGAUUUCCUCACAAAAGAAAUCUGAAGCUGCACAUGAAUAUCCAUACAGGAGAGAAAUUGUUUAGUUGUUCAGUUUGUGGGAAAGGAUUUUCCCAACAGGGACACCUUAAGCUGCACAUGAAUGUCCACACAGGAGAAAAACCUUUUAGUUGUUCAGUUUGUCACAAAAAAUUUUCCCAGCAGGGACAUCUGAAGGAACACUUGACUGUCCACACAGGGGAGCAACAAUUCAGUUGUUCAGUUUGUCAUAAAAAGUUUUUCCACCAAAGAAAUCUAAAGGAACACUUGACUGUCCACACAGGGGAGAAACCAUUUAGUUGUUCAGUUUGUAAGAAAGAUUUUCGAUUUAGACAAGCAUUGGUGAGGCACAUGAGGGUUCACACAGGGGAGAAACCAUUUCAGUGUUCAGUUUGUAAAAAAUGUUUUCGAUUGAAACAAAUGUUGGUGAAGCACGAGAGAGUACACACGGAAGACAAACCUUUUACAUGCUCAGUUUGUCACAAGAGCUUUUCCCAGCAUGAAAGUCUUAAGAGCCACUUGACUGUCCACACAGGAGAGAAACCAUUUAGUUGUUCAUUUUGUCAUAAAGGAUUUUCCCAUCGAAGCAAUCUGGCAAAACAUGUUACUAUCCACACAGGUGAGAAACCAUUUAGCUGUUCAGUUUGUGGGAAGAGAUUUCCUCAAAAAAGAAAUCUGAAGCUGCAUUUGAAUGUCCACACAGGGGAGAAACCAUUUAGUUGUUCAGUUUGUGGUAAAAGAUUUUCCCAACAGGGACAUCUGAAGAGCCACUUGACUGUCCACACAGGGGAAAAACCAUUUAGUUGUUCAAUUUGCCAUAGAAAAUUUCUUCACCAAAAAACUCUGAGAGAACACUUGACUGGCCACACAGGGGAGCAACAAUUUAGUUGUUCACUUUGCCCUAAAAAAUUUUCUCACCACAGGAAUCUUAGGAAACAUUUGGCAGUCCACACAGGGGAGAAACCAUUUAAUUGCUCAGUUUGUGGUAAAAAAUUUACAAGAAGUAUAGAUGCAAGAAGACACUCUUCAAUCCACACAGAGGAUAAACCAUUUAGUUGUGAGGUUUGUGAUGAAAGAUUCAUACAGCUAGAAAAUUUUAAAAAUCACAAGUGUGUUGGUGAGAGCAGUGGAAAUCCAGAAUAAUUUGUGCUUUAUCCCAUUUGUCCAGCUGAGAAAAAGCUGUUGUUGCUUUCACCUAUUUACUCCUUUAACUAACUUUGAUACACGUUGCUUUGUAGUGUCUUGAUGUAAUCUUUUUUUGAUGAAUUGUAACUAUACAAAGAACAAUAGAUAGACUGAUUGAUUGAUUAUGUUUUCAGCCUUAUUUUUUCUAUUUGGUCCCACAGUUCAGAACAUUUUUUUUAAAUGUAUUGAAACAUUGUUAACAUUUUGUAUUACCCAUACAGAACCCCUAAGAGUCCAACAUCUAAAAAAGGAUAGUGAAAACUAUAGAAUUAAUAAAUAUCACUGAUACAUAAAUAUGACAUUGAGCUAUUCAAAACUCUAGUGGCAGUCAGGAUAAAAUAUUUUUUCAGUCUGUUUUAAAUGCUGGAAAGAAAUGUCUGUGCCCAGAUGGGAAUAGUGCAGCCGGUCCCAGCACUAAAUAGCAUUCUAUGAUAUGCAGAAUGUAUGAUUUGUAGCAUAAUUUAAGUGUUGAAGAAAAUGUAUUAGAAACUAUGAUUCAAAACAGUUCUUUUGCUAAGCAUGGCUGUGUGUUUGGAAAGGGUUUUGUCCUAUUUAGUUUGCUGAGAGCAGAGUUUCUUUCUUCUUUCGAUCAUUGAAUGUGUGUUGUCACUGUCUGACAUAUGGAAGCUUAUGUGUCUAAUACUGGUGCAGCUUACUCAUCAGAAAUGUGUUCAAGGUAUGAGUCAGUCAUGAAUAUUAUUAGACCAGUAGCUGUUUAACCAAUCAAACACAACGCUACAUCCAGAAUGAAGGCUUGUAUAAAUGUUUUACAUUGUAUGAUUAGAACAUGUAUAUAAUACAAGGGAUUAGUAUAGCAAUCAGACACACAGCUACAGCUACAAUACUGUUACCACAGAACAAGUGGCUGAAGGACUCAUGCUCUCUGUUAAAAAAGGGAGAGCUUGGGGGAUGCAUUUGGUUCUCUGGAUUUUGUAAUAUUGGUUUACUUCUGUAUUUGAUCAUGUUAGAAAGAUGCUCUUUUAUAAGGAGUUUAUACAUUUUUCUGCCACUGGACAUUUCUUAUCAAGCUGCCUGACAGAUUUACCCAUGUUUUCCCCAUCAGUAACAGUGGAUCAAUUUUGUGAAUACAGUGUUUGACUACAGUGUUUCUUUUGUUUCCAGCACUGAGGUGGAAUGAUAAAUAUUUGAGAACUUUUUUG